GUAUCCGUGGAGCUCGCAGCUGACACCAAGGACUUCACCCGCACCGCUGCCCGGGCGGCCACGGCGCGAGGCACGGCUCAUGCUGUGGGAAGUCCUCGGCUGGAAUUCCAGGAGCCCAGCAGCAAGAGUGUGAACGCAGAAGGCCCUCGCUGCUUGAAACUUAACAGCUAUGAGGAGUCAGGGAAUUUGGGAGCAACCAGUGUAAAUGUCGUGCAGCCGACCUCUGCAGCCCGUACUUCGAUGGCACGAAUGGCUGCGUCUGAAGACGGUGGGUUGUUACUGCAUGUGCUGUUGAUGGUGCCCCAUGGAAAGGAUUUUCUUACUGGAGACGAUGGGCCCCACAGUUCUUGUAAUGUGUAUUUGAACUGCAAGCUGCUCAGCACCGAGGAGGCAACGAGAUCUGCUGUCAUUUGGGGCACAACUCAACCUGCCUUUAAUUUUUCUCAGGUGAUGCCUUUUUCAUUGACUUCCAAACACUUGGAGCGACUCAAGAACAACGUCAUGAUUAUUGAAGCAUGGAACAAGAUGGGAAGCCCUGCCUGUGACAGACUGCUGGGAUUAGUGAAGCUUCCUCUGCAUCAGUUUUACAUCUCAUUCAAAGAUCCAAAGAUUUCCCACCUGCUCCUUCAAGCUCACUAUCCCGUGGUUGCUGUGGACAGCUAUAUGCCUGUGAUGGACGUUUUUACCGGCAGUAGAAGUGGAAGCCUGAGGGUCAUUCUGGCGAUGGGGUCGGCUGAUCAAAUAGUGGCACUGCAAAGGCUGAAAAACGAAGAUGGGAUGGUGCCUCCCGUCACACAGCGCCCUUCCCACUCUCUGGACCCUCCUCCUACAAAGCCUGCAAUGCAGUUAGACCAAGAAGGAGAAGACCUGAUGGAGCAUGUGUUUGAGAUCCAUGUGGAGAGCGUGAAAGGACUCGCUCCCUUACAGUCCACCGUCUGGGGAGAGGCUGACUGCUACGUGCAGUACUAUUUCCCAGUUCAAGAGGCUGGUUGUGAUGCACUGCAAGGAACUGAAUUGUGUGAAGGUGGCACAAAGUUAAAGCCGUUCCGCACAGCGACCACUUUGUGCGUCCCUGAUCCCGUCUUUAAUGACGAGCAUCAUCAUUCUUUGUUGGUGCCUGCUGAUGUCCCAGUCCAGAGGCUCCUGGUCAGUGCAUUUAUGGCACUAGGAGCAGCUGGGGGAGGAAUCCAGUUUGAAGUCUGGUGCAGGUAUUACUACCCAAACGUCAGAGACCAGAUGGUUGCCAAAGGGACCUUGCCUUUGUCACGGCUGUGUGCCAUGGUGACUAUGCAGCAUCGCGAAGAAAUAGGGAUACAGACUUUUAAUCUGCCAUUGGUCCCCAGGACUGAUUCCUUGGAGGAAUUUCAUCUGCAGUCUUCAGGCUUGCUUGAUGUGAGUGUGAGAUACCAACGAUCCAUGAAAACGGCAGGAGGAAUAACUGAGGCUCAGGCUGUUUCUCUUUCUGUACACAUACACAGAGCAGCUGGUUUGCAAGCAGCAGCUAGAGCUGUGGCACAAAAGAACCCUUCGGUCCAGUACUAUGCAGGUGUGGGAGUUAAUGCUUAUGUCUCUGUGCACCUCUCCUUCCUACCUGAGGCAGAGACACGCAACACACGAGCUGUGGCUUGUACUUUCUGCCCGGAGUUCGAGCAUCACGUAGAGUUUCCAUGUAACCUCAUCAUUCAGAAAAGUAGUGGAGAAGCCUCUUGUCUGGGGGAGCUUUUGCAGUCUGCAAAUAUCGUCUUCUCCAUCUACCAUCAGAGCACCAAGUCAGCCACCGAGACGCUGGCAGCUCGGACAUCAAGAGAUUAUCUUCUUGGGACAGUCACAAUUCCAACCAGAGACCUGCUGAGAAGAAGAUCAGGUAUUACAGGCUGGUACCCAGUCACCCUGUCUGAAGAAUUAAUGCCCUCACACUGCUCAAACGUCAUGCAGGCCAUUGUGGGAGGACUGGAACUUUCCAUUACCUUUGCUCAUCAGGAUGACAGGGAGCAUGUUUUGGAGGCUGCUAAGCUCUUGGGAUGGAGCAGUGAGGAGAGCCGUGAAGACAGCGUGGACGAUAGCGACGAAUGGGAGCAGAGUGCCGGUCCAGUGACUGUGACCAUCUCAACCCCCAGAGUUUGGCUGCCAGUCCACUGCGUGCUGCUUGCAGGCCAGACACACCUGAACAGAAGCGUUUACUGCUACCUCAGGUACAAGCUGUAUAACCAGGAAGCCACGUGGACUUUGCUUCGGAGGCCAAAACUCAGUGAUGACACAAAGAACGUUACAGUGAACUUUAAGAAACCAAACAAGGUGACUCUCAGAAGGAGCCAAGGACUGCUUUGGUUCUUCAGAGAGGAGAAAUUAGAAGUCCAGGUGUGGUGGGCGUACGGUAAAGAAAAUGGUGUGGAAAGGCCACUUGAUACAGAUCGUCUCGUUGGAUCUGCCUAUGUCGACCUCACAGCAUUAGCAGAGAGGUCAAGGACAACGCUGAGUGUUAGUGGGGUUUAUCCACUGUUCAGGUGCAACGCUGCAGACCUAGCAGGAGCUGCUGUACGUGUUCACAUCAGCCUUUCUUCCACUUCUGCCGCUCUGCCCAGCAGACUUCACUGUGCUGAGGAAUACAGCAACAGUGAGGAUGAAGGCACAGAGAAACGCCCUGAUCUGAGCCAACAGAUCUCUGAAAAUGAGGGUCAGAAACUGGAUAUCAGAAGUUCAGAAAUCACCAAUGGCAAACCACAGGAAGACGACGUGAUGUUUCUGGAAAACACAGUUGCUGUCAAUAUCCUUGUGGAAAGAGCAAUGCAUCUAAGUUUAAAAGGAAGUCCUUUGACAGAACGUGAAGUAGCAGCACCCAGUAGCUGUGUGUCAUUUUCUGUUGCUGGUGCAGAUGCUCCAAUAACUACUUCAGUAGUAGAAAACACAGACUCACCAGUCUGGGACUUUCAGCAGCAAGCACGGUUAUCCAAAGAACUUCUGCUGGAUCCACAGCAAACCUUGGUCUUCAAAGUGUGGCAUAAAGCAGAGAGUGAGCGAGUGAUAGGAUUUGCAUCAGUGGACCUUUCUCCUCUUCUCUCUGGCUUCCAAGUGGUGUGCGGGUGGUACAAUAUUACGGACUUCAGCGGGCAGUGCCGAGGGCAGAUCAAAGUGGCAGUUUCCCCUCUUCAAAACCUAAAUAACCUCAAAGAGGAAAGGCAGGCAAGGAUCCGGACCCAGCCACCAGGUUCUUUGGGAUGUACUUCAGUGAAGCCCAGCUUUCCAGCAUUUCCCAAUAAUGCUACAGGCUUUUCCAAGCAGAAAAAUACCUUGUCAAAGGAAGUCAGUGUUCCUACUCGAGAGCGGAUUAGUCUCCCUGGAGCACACAGGCCUCGUCACGAGGAGCACAUGCAGAACGUGCGCAGGUUCCACGAGUCCCUGCAGCAGGCGGAGGGGAACGCGCACCGGGCGGCAAAGAUGGACGCGCUGUCGCUGUCGUCACGCGCUUCGCUUCUCACUGCUCUCAGAAAAAACUUGAGUGAGCUGGAUGAGGUUCAAAGAUACUUCAGUCAGAAGCUGACCGGGUCUUUUCCUGACUUCAGCCACGGUAGCACGUCCAAACCAAGUCAUGAGGAGCAGGAGAGCCACCACCGGAGCUUGAUGAGCAGAGAAGUGGAUCCCAACACACACCAUCUUUUGGAAAAAUCGAGUCAGUUGGUGUCUCAGGUCAGCAGCCUAAUCAACGACUUACAGACUAUCACUAAAAAUAAUAAAGAAUCUUCGAACGUGCAUCAAGAGAGCAGCAGAAAGCCAAGUGCUACACACAGACCCAACCAGAAGGACGAAGAAGCCAGAACUGGAGCAUGUCAAGGCCAACUUGAGCUUGGCUCACCCAGCGUUUGCAGCGAUACGCAGCAGCCCUGCUCUUUCGGGAGAUCUGUGUUUGAGAGACACAUGUUGCACGAGUUUCUAGACCAAGCUGUCCCUGAAGAUGAGCAUCCUUUGCCAGUGGACCACGUCCAGGAAGAUGAAGGUGCUUUUGCUCUCCAGCCACACAGCGAAGGAGAAUACGAAGAAGAUGUUAUAGAACCACGAACUCUUAAUGAAAUAACGACCGUAACGGACAAAACUAGUCCCUGGUCCAGUGUGCUGUCUGAAGUGGAGCUGGGUGCUGACCAGCAGCCCACAGACUUGGGGCCUGAAGAUCAGCACUCGGUGGAUAUAGACUGUUUGCAAAGAGGAAACAGCAGACGGAGCAGCACCUUCUCCAGCACGCUACAAGGUGACAACCAUAGUGUGCUCACCACCUUUAGCCCGUGUGUUAGCCUCCACGCAGACGAGAGCAGUCCUUGGGCAGUAGCAGAAGGCUUUCCAAGUUUGAACAGUGGCACAGAAACAAUUGAGAAGGAGCUGUUCCAGCCCACUCAUUUGUCAGAAGUGCAUCGAACAACCCGUGGCCCUGUAGAAAAUGGAAAUUGUGACUGGGAUAGAGCAUUUAACGCUAAACCAGUAGAGCAAAACAUGGAGUUUCGUGCAGCCUCUGAAGAACUACUGGAAUUUCCACCAGAUGUUGGUUUGACCAAUCCAAAAAGCACAGAAAGAGAGGAGGAGGAAGACGGCGAGGAUGUCAACGAAGAUCGUCAAGAUGAGGAAGAAAGUGGUUCCGAUGAGAACUGUGUGAAGAGUGUAUCAGCCCAAGCAGGCUCCGAAGGAAAGAGCCAAAGCUUAUCUGAUGGCAGUAGUGAAGACCCACUGGAAGAGUCACAACAGUCUGUCACAACGAAAAUUGCUUUAUCUGAUCCUGUUGUUAUUCCCAACUUCUUCCUUCCACCCCAGCAGAUGGAAGCCUCCAUGAGACUGCUCAGCAUUUCUUCUCAUCCAUCCUCAGCCCUGACAAGCAGGAGCGGAGCCGUGCCGGGCGCCAUCCCGUACCGAAGGCCACCUCGUCCCAGGCCCACGGCCCAGCUGUCGGAAGAGGAAACCAAAAGGAUCGCCAAGAUCUUCUCCGCUCAGCUGUCCAAGAAGGAGUAA